AUGGGAAACAAAAACGUGCCCAGUGGCGGGGAGCUGGUAGUAAAAGUAAAAUUGUCUAACCAUGGUGAUAAAAGUAUUGAAAUUGCGGGGAAUGAUGGUGGCCGGGGAGGGCCGGGGGUUGUUAGGAAGCGGUCAUUACCGGAGAUUAUACCGGCGUUUGGCAUCAUAUUAAUGGCAUUGAGCGCCACCUCCUACUCGUUGGGCAGUCUUAUCAUUAAAUUGUUGCCGGAAUUGCAUUCAUUGGAAGUCCUAUUCUUUAGGUGCGUGGUUCAAUUCCUAUUCAACUUGGUAUACGCCCUGGUCAAGGGUCAAAGUUUAUGGGGUGUGGAGGGUCAUCGGGUCAGCCUAUUUAUGCGCGGGUUUUACGGCACCGUGUCAUCCAUGGGCUCAUUCAUGGCCUUUGCGUUGAUACCCCUGUCCGACGCCACGACCAUACAGUUCUCAUCGCCAGUAUUUGUCACACUAUUUGCCUACUUUAUACUCAAGGAGCCGCUCACUAUACUCCAGGUGCUGACCGGCACAAUCACCCUAUCGGGAGUAGUCAUCAUAGCUCGACCUAAAAUGCUAUUCAGCGGUCACCUCAUACCGGACGGGCAUAUCGAGGGCCUACUAUCGGCUAUUAUGGGCGCCUUUGGUAACGCCAUGGCUAUCAUAACCCUACGUAAACUCAAACAAACACCGGUAGCCGUAGUGGUAGUCUGGUAUUCAGUGGCCAUAAUCAUUGCCACUCUGAUCACCCUGGUAGCCUGGGACGCAUUUAAGUGGCCAGUGGGCUGGAGGGCCUGGAGCCUACUACUAACCAUAGGUAUUACAGGGGUGGGCGACCAGUUUUUCAUGACCGUAGCCCUAAGGUACGAGUCGGCCGGCCCGGCAUCCAUAGCCCGUACGCUGACUAUUGUGUUGGCAUUUGUGUGGGACGUACUGGUGCUCAACGGCAAGUUCAAUGGGACGGCCGCGUUAGGGGCAGCCCUA